AUGGCUUCCCGUGAGAAAGUCAAAGUAUAUCGUCUGCAGGGGAUACCUGCAGAUGUGAAGAGUCACGAUGAUGUCCUUGAGCGCAUAUACAGAGGAAGGGAUUACUUGGCCGAUUACGACAUCAAAAUAUGCUCUCUCGCUUCGGCGAUCAUUCCGAUGUCUACCAAAGUAGCCACACUCAUGCAAAUGGGUCAACGGAGCACAGCUAAACGCCGCAAAAUCACAUCAACAGAAAGCACUACUACUUCAACACCAGAUCACUUUCUUGCAGCCUUUUCACGGGUGAAAGACGGCCUCGUCUUGGACGACCAUUUUCUGGGCUGGACCCCUCUCAACGACGUUGCGCUGGACGAUUGGGAAUACGAUUGUAUUGCCAUUUCGGGGAUAGGAAGCCACCCAUUCGGUUCCUGGCAACCACACGGCGGUGACAAGGAUUUUAUGUGGAUAAGGGAUGCUCUGCCUAAAUCCCAUCCGUACGCAAGGACAUUGCUAUAUGGCUAUGACACGGAGUUACGCAACACCAUAUCUUUCCAGCGAGUACACGACAUCUCCACCACUCUGGUAAACCAGCUGCGUGCCUUAUACCGUUCAUCUGGGUCUAAACGAUCUACGGUUUUUCUGAGCCACAGCCUGGGCGGAAUUGUACUCAAGCAAGCCCUGAUCUACCUCUCUCAAAGCACAGAUGCCAUCGAAUCCAGCAUCCUCGAGACCACAUUGGGUGGUAUCUUCUUCGGGGUUCCCAACCAUGGUAUGAGCAUCAGCCAUCUUAUUGCUCUCGCCAUUGGAAGACCCAAUCACUUCUUGAUUGAUCAACUUAAAGAAAAUGCCCCUUAUCUUCAGCGCCUGGAGCAGCAGUUCGAGUCGGUGUCACGAAGAGGAGAGAAACUGAACCAGAAGAUUUUCUUCUGGGGCUACGAAACGAAGGAAUCGUUAAUACCUAUCAAAAAUCCGGCGGACGGGACGUGGUCUGCUAGAGUACCUGGAGCGCCGCGCUUGAAACUGGUAGAACGAGAAUCUGCGACACGUGGAUUAUGGCGAAUCCCUGAGCGGCGACACUUCACCUUCCAGAUAGAUGAGGACCACUCCAGCAUGGUCAAGUUUAUAGGCAUUCACGACCCAAACUUGACUAACGUUCAGAACAUAUUGGGCCAGAUCUUUGAUUUACCUCUUCAAGAGGUCCGCGGCCUUCAGCCGGAGCAUACAAGUAACCCCAUCUCUCGGUCCAACUCUGGAUUCCGAGAAGGUAAUUCGACUUUCGAGAUCAGCGAAUUAGGGCAUGUGGAGGAAUGCCCUCCCUUUCGCUUACCGUCCGAGAGCCCCAAUUUUCCUCCCAUGGAACCAUUGUUGGGCAGAGGAUCAGAGCUGGAGAGUAUAUCGACUCUUCUUAACCCUGCGCAAACGGGGAAGCAAGUCAUCUCUAUUCACGGCCCACCGGGUAUCGGCAAGUCCCAACUUGUCACAAGAUAUGCGAGGUUGAACCGGGACGCUUUCACCAACGUCUUUUACCUCGACGGUCAGACAAACGAGCAAUUUCGGGUUAGUCUGAGGCGGGAGAUCAAUAGAAUAGGUGAGACUUGGUCUGCAUUCUUGCUCAGAUUUCUGAGCGCAGGGAAAACCCACGCCGCAAACAUUGAGCACUUCUGUGCGUUCCUCAACAAGGAUGGAAAUGGCAGCUCGCUUUUGGUCAUCGACCAUAUCAAAGAGUUUAGUUUGGUCGCGGAUCUUUUCCAGAGACUGAACCAAGGAUUCAUUGUACUGGUGUCAUCCUCGUCACAAAUAGGCGCAGGGUACCCAAGCGUCAAACUAGGUGCAAUGACCCCUGAUGCGAGUAUCCAAUUACUCGUCGAUAAUAUACCGGGCCGCAAUCUGACAGUAGAUGCUGAACACCGCCAAUUCCUGGUGUACUUGGAUCAUCACCCAGGCCUGAUUCGAGCAGCCGCACCAAGCAUGUGGAUUUAUAAGUCUUUGACAGCAUUCAAGAAGCAAUGGGCGCAUGGCAAGAUCAGGUUACCGGCCCAAUUCACCACUGACAUUACCAGCAUAUUCACUUUAGAGUAUGGCAGCAAGGGACCUGGAUCAGAAGCAAACGAUCUGCUCUCCUUGUGCACUCUAUUCGACAGCCGUGCGUUGACUUACGAGUUUCUGGAGUUUAUAGAGGUUCCAAACUUGUCUCAGUUCUUCAUGUCCAUUAUUCCUCGGCUGGUCGUCCAUGGAUUAGUCGAAAUGAGAUCUGAUCACCAAUCAGUCGGUUUCUCACUAUCAGAAAUUUUGAGACAGUACGUUCUUCAAAACCCAGAAAGCAACCCGCGGCUUAUCGGAACUGCAAUGAAAUUGUUGGCGGAAAAGGCACCGCGAAGUUCCAAGGACGGCUACAGCAAUGCCAUAGACCUCUUGGCUCCUCACGCCGAAAGGUUUGCCCAGCACCUCAUGAGUAUGCCAGUGGCGCCGUUCAUUGAUAAAGAAGCACUGAAUAAUCUGGAGCGAAUCGCGUCUGUACUUCGGUUGAAGGGUAGCAGCAAAACGACGCUCCAGCUCUACGGCUAUGUUCACCAUAAGAAUAGGGAUGUGCCAGGGCAAAGGGCUGGCAAGUCAGAACUUAUACGGAUGCACGCCAAGGACCUGUCGCAACAGAUAACCCCAGAAAUGUUUCAGCUUUCACCUCGCCGAACGGCUGAGCUAUACAACAACAUGGGAUUAUGCAGUCUACUCGACGGCGGAAUCAAAUUUGCGCAAUCUUGCUUCACCAAGGGCUUGAAUGUCCUAGUUGCAUGCGAUCUGUGUGAUUCGCCUACGAUUCUGGAAGUAGUGGCCAAUUUAGCUUGGACUCAUAUUGAGAUGGAGCAACUUGAAAGUCUCGAACCUUUGCUUCGUCUGCUGGUCAACGGCUUCGAGGGGGGAGACUCGCAGGCGCUUCUUUCACUGGGACCUAUUCAACACCUUCAUGGUCGCUAUACUAAGCGCCAGAUUGCCGAGAUGAACGCUAAGCCAUGGUGGACGUCUGAAGACAUCGUAGAGAACCACCAAGAUGCCUUGCUAGCUCUGGAGCAUGCUUUUGGAUUUGGUCUUGUUCGGCUGGAAGAACCAGAAGCCGGGUUACAAAUACUUGAACAUUGCCACAAAAUCGCCUCCACAAUGCCCCGGACAAGCAAGCGCUUAAUAUUUUCGAUCAUCCACGACAUGGCAACCGCAAAUGUGCUUCUGAAAAGAUGGGAUAAGGCAAUAGCUCUGUAUGAAAAGGCCAGAGAUGGAAGGAGGAGGCAUCAUGGCAGCCAACAUAACUACACGGUGGAGACAACUGCAGCGCUCGCGAAUACAUUCGCCCUGAAUGACCAACCCGAGGAAGCCAGAGUUGCCUUUCAGGAGGCGCUGAAUUGGCAACGGGAGAAUUUAAGGCCCAAUCACCCGGCAACGUUGCAGACGCUUCAGAAUUACGGCAUCUUUCAACACAAGGCCAAGGACCUUGAGGUGGCUGCCAAAGCGCUGAAGCUUGCAUACGAAGGGCUAUCGGACUCUGACAACGAGAAUGGGACCUUUUCUUGGAAGCGUGUCAACGCUGGCGUCUCUCUGGCUCUCGUUCUCCAGGACAUGAAGAAUUUUGACGAGGCCUCCAAUCUGUUUCAAGAAGCUGUCAGAUGGCAUGAGCAACAUCCUGGUAAGAGUUGCCCGAGGAUGGCCUACCAGUACAUCAAGACGCUAUACCGACAGGGCGUUAUGUAUGAGGCUUGGAGUGCGGUUGGGCAAGUAUCUCAUGCUAAACAAGCAUUGUACUGCUAUCAGUUUGCCAUCACAGAAUCAGCAAGUAUUGAUUCGAACUAUUGGAAGCAACUGGCAACACGGGGAGUGGAGAGACUCACAGAAUCUGGCCGUUUAAGUAAAGAUGACUUGGGCCAAAUCGGUAGUAAUGUUACGCAAUGA